AUGUUCUGCACCAGACCGCCUCAUGUUUCAGUCGCCACGAUAUUCGAGAUAUCGCGAUACAUAGUACUGCUGAUGCGCGACAAGAAUGCACCAGCUCUACAGUGCUUCUUGAUUUCGCAGUACUUGGAAAUCGAAGUUGAAACCCCAGAUUCAACAUGCUCGUUUCCCAUCAGCAUGACUAUCAGGAAAUGUUGUAAUCGGGGUGUAAUUGGUCUAAACUCCCACAAAAUAAGGGGAACACUGCGCUCUGCACUGGUGCAUUUGAAGGAUCACCUCCCGGCAAACAGAACCAAGGACUGUGUCUACAAAAUUAAGUGUAAUGACUACCAUAAGGUUCCCAUAGGACAGACGGCCAGAGAACCACACAUCAGAGUCGGAGAGAAUGGUAGAAAAAUAAUCAGGCCGCCGAGAAACGCAGAUGAAUAUCAAGCGUUAUUAAAAGACUCGGCAAUCGCACUGGACACGGGACACAAAAUAGACUUAGAAAAUGUUGAGGUUUUGAGGCGGGGACUACGGUCCACAUCACAGAGACCGAUAAGCAAGGGGGUAAAAAUCGCCAAGCAUCCCAGUAUUAACAGAAUAGAAGGCAUGGAACUGACAAGCGUGUGGAGAACGGUUUUGGAUCAGUCGUGCUGA